AUGUCACCAAUGAUGUCCACAUUUAAAGGCUUAGUUGCAGGAGCCGUCAUCACACCAAUUAUCGCCAAGUAUAUAAUUGCUCCUAGAAUGUUUGAUCCAAAUGUUAUGAAGGAGAUACACUACAUUCAAAAGGAAUUGGAUUUCGUUGGUUGGAAUGUAAGACACAUGGAGGAAGAAAGAGGCGUAAGAGAAGAUGAUUUAUAUACCCCAGCAACCUACUACGCUCAAGGGUAG